AUGCCGACUCUCAACCUUGACCUGCCUAACGGCAUCAAGUCCACCGUCCAGGCCGAGCUGUUCAUCAACAACAAGUUCGUGCCCGCUCUCGACGGCAAGACCUUCGCCACCGUCAACCCGUCCAACGGCAAGGAGAUCGGCCAGGUCGCCGAGGCCUCCGCCAAGGAUGUCGACGUUGCCGUCAAGGCCGCCCGCGAGGCCUUCGACACCGUCUGGGGCGAGAACACGCCCGGUGAUGCGCGCGGCAAGCUCCUCAUGAAGCUUGCCGACCUCGUCGAGGAGCACGUGGACGAGCUUGCUGCCAUCGAGUCGCUCGACAACGGCAAGGCCUUCUCCAUCGCCAAGGGCUUCGACGUCGCCGCCGUCGCCGCCAACCUGCGCUACUACGGCGGUUGGGCCGACAAGAACCACGGCAAGGUCAUGGAGGUCGACACCAAGCGUCUCAACUACACCCGACACGAGCCCAUCGGCGUUUGCGGCCAGAUCAUCCCUUGGAACUUCCCGCUGCUCAUGUUCGCAUGGAAGCUCGGUCCCGCGCUUGCUACCGGUAACACCAUCGUGCUCAAGACCGCCGAGCAGACGCCGCUCUCGGCGCUCAAGAUGUGCGAGCUCAUCGUCGAGGCCGGCUUCCCUGCCGGUGUCGUCAACGUCGUCUCGGGCUUCGGUCCCGUCGCCGGAGCUGCCAUCUCGCAGCACAUGGAUAUCGACAAGAUCGCCUUCACCGGCUCCACCCUGGUCGGCCGCAACAUCAUGAAGGCCGCGGCCUCGACCAACCUCAAGAAGGUCACGCUCGAGCUCGGCGGCAAGUCGCCCAACAUCGUCUUCAAGGACGCCGACCUGGACCAGGCCGUGCGCUGGUCUGCGUUCGGCAUCAUGUUCAACCACGGCCAGUGCUGCUGCGCCGGCUCGCGCGUCUACGUCGAGGAGUCCAUCUACGACCAGUUCAUGGAGAAGAUGACCGCCUACUGCAAGGGUCUCCAGGUGGGCGACCCCUUCGCCGAGAACACCUUCCAGGGUCCCCAGGUCUCGCAGCUCCAGUACGACCGCAUCAUGGAGUACAUCGAGUCGGGCAAGAAGGACGCCAACCUCCACCUCGGUGGUGUGCGCAAGGGCAACGAAGGCUACUUCAUCGAGCCCACCAUCUUCACCGACGUGCCCCACGACGCCAAGAUCGCCAAGGAGGAGAUCUUCGGCCCCGUCGUCGUCGUGUCCAAGUUCAAGGACGAGAAGGACCUCAUCCGCAUCGCCAACGACUCGAUCUACGGCCUCGCCGCCGCCGUCUUCAGCCGCGACGUCAGCCGCGCGCUCGAGACCGCGCACAAGCUCAAGGCUGGCACCGUGUGGGUCAACUGCUACAACAUGCUCGUGCCCCAGGUGCCCUUCGGUGGAUACAAGGCUUCGGGUAUUGGCCGAGAGCUUGGCGAGUACGCGCUUGCCAACUACACCAACAUCAAGGCCGUGCACGUCAACCUCAGCAUCCCCGCUCCCAUCUAA